CUGCUUUGAGACAGCCAGCAAAUGCCCCGUCUGAACUGACCAGAGGCCAGGCGGGUUUCAACCUACUUGUGAAUGAAAGACUCCUUGUUUCCAGCAAGGAGAUCAGAGAUCCCUCUGCAAGUGUUAACAGUUUGUAAAUGAGAAUAGAAGGUCUUCUGUAGAAACCCGAAAAGCACAGACAACAGACGCCAGGGACUUCCUGGCCCCUUCUCUGGACAACCUAACUUGGUUUCGGUAAGAUCCUUGUUGCUUUGAAGAGUGAAUCAGCCGGCACAUGCGUGGACCGGAGAGAGGUCCUUGACUCAGAGCUGAGAUCGUGUCUCCUGGCAAGAGGACCCAGAAGACUGGUCCCCCGGAGAAGCAGCCGUUCGCUUACCUGCAGCUGGCCUGGCCCAGAGACAGCCCUUCAGGAAAUACAAGGAAAGAGAGGAUAUGUUACAACUGGAACACUCUUGGAGCUGGCUGGCUCUGACAGUCGGUGUGCUUCUGGAGUUGAAGCCCUCAGCUUGCAGCAGUCUAUCUGGUUCCCGUCCAAAUAUCCUUCUUCUGAUGGCAGACGAUCUCGGCAUUGGAGAUGUCGGCUGCUAUGGAAACAACACCAUAAGGACUCCGAACAUCGACCGCCUUGCCGCGGAUGGCGUGAUGCUCACCCAGCACAUCGCUGCUGCUUCUGUGUGCACACCAAGCAGAGCUGCUUUCCUGACAGGCAGAUACCCUCUCCGAUCAGGUAUGGUGUCCAGUAAUGGUUAUCGUGUUCUUCAGUGGACGGGCGUAUCUGGAGGACUUCCACCAAAUGAAACAACUUUUGCAAAAAUAUUGAAAGAUAAAGGCUAUGCCACUGGACUCAUAGGAAAAUGGCAUCUGGGUCUCAACUGUGAGUCCUCCGAUGAUUUCUGCCACCACCCGCGCAGCCAUGGCUUUGACCAUUUCUACGGAAUGCCGUUUUCCAUGAUGGGAGACUGUGAGCCCUGGGAAAUGUCUGAAAAGCGUGCAGGCUUGGAGCAUAAACUCAACGUCUGCUCGCAUGUCAUGGCGUUGGCCGCCUUUACGCUCACCGUUGGGAAGCUCACCCGCCUGGUAGCGGGCUCCUGGACUCUGGUCGUCUGCUCAACCAUCGCGGCCCUCUUGUUCUUCAUGACCUCCUAUUUCAUGGGUGCCCUGAUUGUUCACGCGGACUGCUUUCUGAUGCGAAAUCACUCCAUCACCGAGCAACCCAUGUGCCUUCAAAGGACGACAGCUCUUAUGCUCAAGGAGGUCUCAUCCUUUGUCAAAAGAAACAAGCAAGGACCUUUCCUCCUCUUCGUGUCCUUUCUACAUGUCCACACCCCUCUUAUCACUACCGAGAACUUCCGAGGGAGGAGUCCCCAUGGGCUGUACGGGGACAACACAGAAGAGAUGGAUUGGAUGGUGGGGCAGAUCCUUGAUACUUUGGACACGGAAGUUUUGACCAAUAGUACCCUCGUUUAUUUUACAUCGGAUCAUGGGGGAUCCUUAGAGGCUCAGUUUGGAAACAAUCAAUAUGGUGGCUGGAAUGGGAUAUAUAAAGGUGGCAAAGGCAUGGGCGGCUGGGAAGGUGGGAUCCGGGUCCCAGGGAUACUCCGGUGGCCCGGGGUGCUGCCCGCUGGCCGCCUGAUCCACGAGCCCACCAGCCUGAUGGAUGUCUUCCCCACCGUGGUCCAGCUCGGGGGUGGCCAGGUGCCCCAUGACAGGGUGAUUGAUGGCCGGGACCUGCUGCCCUUGCUCCUGGGGACAGCCCAGCACUCGGACCACGAGUUCCUGAUGCAUUACUGCGAGAGCUUCCUGCACGCAGCCCGGUGGCACCAACGGGACAGAGGGGCAGUGUGGAAAGUCCACUACGUGACCCCGAUGUUCCACCCAGAUGGAGCCGGUGCCUGCUACGGGAGAGGCGUCUGCCCAUGCUCUGGGGACAAAGUAGCCCAUCAUGACCCACCGUUGCUGUUUGACCUCUCGAGAGACCCUUCCGAGGCUCACGCCCUCACGCCAGACACGGAGUCCUCAUUCCAUCAGGUGAUGGAGAGCAUCACAAAGGCCGUGCAGGACCAUCGCCGGACGCUCAGCCCGGUUCCACUGCAGCUGGACAUGCCGGACAACAUGUGGAAGCCGUGGCUCCAGCCCUGCUGUGGUCGGUUCCCCCUCUGCUGGUGCGAUCGGGAAGCUGACCCAUAAUAGGCCCCGGAAAACUAGGUCCCUGCUCCCUAGAGAUCUCCGUUGGGGUCAAAAUAAAAUGGCCUGAAGUCAA